UGGCGGCCGUUUCAUGUCGACGAUUGUUUUGAAAAAUUUAACUCGUUUCACGCUUAAAUCUCGACUUAAUUCCCCCAUAAAUUGUGUUAUCUUGAAUUUUUGCCGAAAUUCCUUCAAGAUGAGCGACGAUUCUGGUUCGGAAUCCUCUCCACCGUCGCCAAAAAAGGCAAAAUUGAGUCCAGGGACAAGUUCGAGCGGUGCAAGUAAGAAAGUUUGUGCAUUGAUAAAAACUCUCGAAGAUGAACGUGCAGCAGUCUGUGCCUCCAUUAUGGAGUUCAAGUUCAACAAGAAUCGAGUUCGGAUCUUGUCAAAGGCGCAAGAAGUGCGUGAAAAAUGCGAUGGAAUCGUCUACUGGAUGUCACGCGAUGCUCGUGUGCAAGACAAUUGGGCCUUUCUCUACGCACAAAAGCUGGCAUUGAAGAAUCACGUUCCGUUGCACGUUGUUUUCUGUUUGGUUCCCACAUUUUUGGACGCCACAAUGCGUCAUUUCAAGUUUAUGCUCAAAGGAUUGCAAGAAGUUGAAGAGGAAUGUCUUCGAUUGGGCAUCGGAUUUCACUUGCUCAUGGGUGAACAUGGCAAAAUGAUCCCAAAAUUCAUCGUUGACAACAAUUUCGGAGCUCUUGUGACAGAUUUCACGCCGCUGCGUGUCCCCACUGGAUGGGUAGAGAGCGUUAAAAGUGCCUUACCCAAAGAUGUGCCUUUUGCUCAAGUGGAUGCUCACAAUAUCGUGCCUGUUUGGGUCACUUCGGACAAACAAGAGUACGCCGCACGAACAAUUCGUAACAAAGUUAACUCCCAACUGCCGACUUACUUGACAAAAUUCCCGCCAGUCAUCAAGCAUCCCCACAAACCGAUCGUCAAAACGCAAAAAGUCGAUUGGAAAGCGGCUCUGAAGACGGUAAAAGCCGAUCCAGCAGUCGAUGAAGUCAAAUGGGCGACACCCGGUUACAGUGGCGGCAUCGAAAUGCUCGAAAGCUUUUGCGAGAAACGUUUAAAGGGCUUCAAUGACAAACGAAAUGAUCCUGUCUCGAAUAAUUUAUCGAAUCUCUCGCCGUGGUUCCAUUUCGGGCAAAUUGCGGUGCAACGUGCCAUUUUGCAAGUCAACAAGUACAAAUCAAAGUACAAGGAGAGUGUUGAUGCCUUCAACGAAGAGGCAAUUGUGCGACGUGAACUUUCCGAUAACUUUUGUUUUUACAACAAAAACUACGAUAAUCUCAAGGGAAUCACAAGUUGGGCCUCGACCACUCUCAAUGACCAUCGCAAAGACAAGCGCCCGUAUUUGUACACGCAACAAGAGCUGGAAGAGUCCAAAACGCACGAUGAUCUCUGGAACGCAGCGCAAAAUCAACUUCGACAGGAGGGAAAGAUGCACGGAUUUUUGCGGAUGUAUUGGGCAAAGAAGAUACUCGAAUGGACAACAAAUCCCGAAGAAGCUCUCCGGAUCGCGAUUUACUUGAAUGAUCGGUACAACUUGGAUGGACGCGACCCAAACGGCUACGUCGGCUGCAUGUGGAGCAUCGGAGGCAUCCAUGACCAAGGUUGGGGCGAACGUGCGGUUUUCGGCAAAAUUCGUUACAUGAACUACCAAGGCUGCAAACGUAAAUUCGACAUAAAAGCAUUUAUUUCACGCUACGGAGGCAAAGUUUAUCCUUACAACAAGAAAUAAUUUCCUAAAAAUUUCUCAACAAUUUGAUAACGUACUGAAAAAUUAAUGAAAAUUACCAAAUAAAUUCCAAAUUCUUUUGAUUUAAUAACUUUUUAUUAAUAAUAAUAUUUGCGCGUAAAAUUUAGUUUUUACAAAGGGAUUUUGAUCGCCUGCACCUUGCGUAAUAAUUAAUCGUAAAGAGGUCAAAAAUUGAUCCAAAAUCCCUUUUUGAAUAUUUUAUUUAGAGAAUAACAGUAAAUAUUUUUAACUUUUUUUUUAAUAAUUUAGUAUAUUAAGUUUAAGAGUAAAUGCUUAAAAUUGUUAUGAACCCGAUAUUUUUUUUUAUCAAGAUGAUAUUUUUAGUUUUUAAGUUUAGAAGAUUUUUAGAGUUAGUUGUUGAGGUUUUUACAGUUAGCACUUUGUAAGAAGAGGAAAGGGAAGGAGAGAGGAAACUUGUGUAAAAAGGGGUCGUUUUAGAAUUAAAUUUUAAAAUUAUUUCUUUUUUCUUUCAAAUUGAGAGAU